AUGGGAAUAAUUGGACAAUAUGCUGCAGUCAUUGGUAUGAUGACAGAAAAAUUAGUUAUAUGUUCGUUCGGUGCAUAUUCACCAACAUGUGAAAUAAAUGUUGGAGUUGAUGGGCAAGAUUAUCGGGAGUUAGAUAGCCACAACAAUUGGCGAGAAGAAUCAUCCAUAUGGGGACGUCUGGCGAAAAAUUCAAAAUUAAUUAAAAAAGAUGCAAGUGCCAGAAAAUGGCUUUAUACCGUGUGGAGGCAGGAUCGUCGUUCAAUUCGAACCACAUUUUUUAAAGACAAGAUAGUCACAAAUUUACCAGCACCAUUAGAUAUUUCAGAAGUAAACCAUUCAAUAUUAUCAACGAAUUUAUCCGCAGAACCGAAAUUUGAUAUUGAUAAAUGUUUAAAUGAUGAUAUAAUUCUAAAUGAUAACGAUAAGAUUGAACUCGAUACAGUCGAUGAAUUGUUACAUUCGUCUGAUUCUAGUAUUCAUCAAUCACCUUACAAUAUUGAAAUGAGAAAACAAGUACCAAUGAUGAAUGAUAUUCUUGAUAAACGUAAAAAAUUUGAAAAUAUAUCAAAUCCUAAUUUUUCUAAACCACUCAUGUUAUUGUUUUAUAAAUGGUUCGCAUAUUUACCACUGUGGACAUGCCUACUAUCUGAUUUUGAGGAAAGAUAUGCUAAAAAUAAACCCGUGACAGUAACGGAUACAACUCUGGGUCGCGGCAGAUUAUCAAAUGCCGUGGCUGAGAGUUACUUUGAAAUUAUAAAAGAGUGUAUUCUGAAGAAGAAAACUCGUUUAAAACCAUCAGAUGCAAUUCUUAAAAUACAUCUUAGUACAAUGACUCGUUUGAAGGCUGGACGUUACGGGUUAACACAGACAGCAGCUCAACGGAAACCUCGUGCGUUUGAUGUGCUUAUGCCAGAGACAUGGCGAAGAAGAAAAUCUCAAUCAAGGGGCAAAUACUUUAGAAGAGCUGUUUCUGUAGAUAAAACUGUAGGCCAAAAAAGUAUGGCAGCACUGCCCGUUGUUCUCGGUGGUAUGUUUUGUGUUGGUGGCAAACUGUUAUGGAAUAUGAUUGGAAAACCUUCAACUCCCACACCAUAUGAUGUUAUUAUUCGUAUGAAUACUCUUACUGCACUAAGCACAAAUAGUUGGGAAAUUUUACUUGGUGAGAAUACUAAGGAUGUUACACCAACAAUGUCAAGAUCUGAAAAUAACCGUGGUGUAGUAGUUGCUGCUCUCGGUUCGUGCAAUCGUGGCAAGUCAUACCUACUUAAUCAACUUUGUAACAUUCAGCUGCCUAUUGUGCAUCCAAAAAAAGAAUGGUAUAUGACUGUUUUUUGA